AUGGCAGUUUUCACACAAGCAAAGCACGUCCCCGCUCCCCUUAACGACCGCCUUCGCGCCCGCCUCUUCGGCGAGUUCCCCUGCUCAGCCAGUAGCGGCAGCGGCCCCCGCGGCGCCUCCACUUCCGGCGACUCCUCCUCCCUCUCCGCCCUCCUAAACGAUUUCCUCGAAUCCUCCUCCGCCGACGACGACGACGAAGACUCCGAUCACAACAAUAACUCUGAAGCAGAGAUGGACGACUCUUCGAUUCCGAUCCCAAUGACCACCACCCUCGAAGUCGCCGGAAAGCUCCGCGACCUCAUUUCCCCGCCCCCCUCCGUCGAUCCCUUACGCUCCCGACUGAUUUCCGAUGUCGAAUCAGCAGCUGCAGAAGCAGGGCCAAGUCUCACCGGAUCUAUUUUCCGGCGGGCGGUGAUGAGGCGGUUGAGGGAGAGAGGGCAUAACGCGGGGAUCUGCAAGGCGAGAUGGGAUGGCGGCGGUGGAUUGACGGCGGGGAGCUACGAGUACAUCGAUGUGGUGUUGGAGACGGCGGAUGGGGAAGAAAUAAGGUAUAUUGUGGAUUUAGGGUUUUCGUCUGAGUUUGAGGUGGCGAGACCGACGGAGGAGUACGGGAGACUGGCGGCGGCAUUGCCGGCUGUGGUGGUGGCGCGACCGGAGGAGAUGAGGGUGGCGGUGAGGGUAAUGGCGGAGGCGGCGAGGAGGUCGUUGAAAAGCAGCAGAAUGAGCGUGCCGCCGUGGAGGAAGAAGAGGUAUAUGAUGGCGAAGUGGUUAGGGUUUUAUCGCCGUACGGUGAAUGGUUUGGGUGCGGUGGUGGUGGCGGGGGAAGCAGAGGUGAGGUGGCGGGCGGUGGGAUUUGGGCGCGGUGACGAGAAUUAG